UGCGCAUUGGCCAACGCUGGCCUGGGAAGCAACGGAAAGGAGACUCUGGGAGUUACGCCUGCGCUCUGGAUGCCCGUCGCGGAAGAAGAAGCCGGCAUUGCCAGCUUGCUUUGCUGUUACCGUAACAACCUCCCGGGGGCCUCACAGUCCUGUUUAACUCUAGCUGAAUGGAAACUCAAAGCUGCUAGUACAGCCUCCUCCACCACCAUCACAGAAGCACCCAUCAUGCCAGUCACCAAGUACCCCAAAAAAGCAGAGCCCCUGUGGAAAAAAUGGGAGCAGAAAGCCCAGAAGAAUGGACGGAGGCACCAAGUGUUCGCUGUGAAUGGUGAUCACUACGAGGGCGAGUGGAGUGACAACCUGAAACAUGGGAAAGGAACACAGUUCUUGAAGAAGAGUGGUGUUGUGUAUGAAGGGGACUGGAAGUUUGGGAAGCAAGAUGGCUAUGGCAUCCUUAGUCACCCUGACCCAGAGACUGGAAAGUACAGGAGGGUGUACUCAGGCUGGUGGAAAGGCGGUAAGAAAUCGGGCUAUGGGAUCCAGUUUUUCGGACCCAAGGAGUAUUACGAGGGUGAGUGGUGUAACAACCAGCGCAGCGGGUGGGGACGCAUGUACUACCACAACGGCAACAUCUACGAAGGCCACUGGCAGAACGACAAGCCUGACGGGGAGGGCAUGUUGCGGCUGAAGAACGGAAACAGAUAUGAGGGCAAUUGGGAGAGAGGCAUGAAGAACGGGCGUGGGCGUUUCUUUCAUCUGGACCAUGGUCAACUGUUUGAAGGCUUCUGGGUGGAUGACGUGGCCAAGUGUGGCACCAUGAUUGACUUCGGCCGUGAUGAGGCCCCUGAGCCCACCCAGUUCCCCAUUCCUAAGGUGGAGAUUUUAGACCCAGAUGGCGUGCUGAAAAAAGCAAUAGCUAAACUGAUGAAUCCUGAGGAGGGACACAACUGAUGCCAGUUGAGAAGACACAGCCGCCUGCCCUCUCUGAUGGCUGAGGCCGCUCUGGGUCCCCGAACACUGAAGGGCUCAGCAGACGACCAGAGAGGGCAGGUUUCUUGCCUCGAGUGGUCCAGAUUUUCCUUCCUGGUCACUCCUCUUUGAAAUGCGUUCCCAGAAGACCAAGUGCAUUCCAGUCCUGCCCGGCUCCCCUCAGUUGCAUUCUCAGCCUCCUGGGGUGGUUCACGCCUUCUCAAGGCCCUUGCACAUGGCUGUGGGUUGUUGGUGGGGCCUUGUCUUGGGGUGGCUGUGGGGCUUUAGGGAGAGGGUGCGGGUGGUUUAUUUCUGAUCCUAGCUCCGGCAUCAUCCCCUCCAGUGCAGACACUGCAUGGAGGCUCAGGAGAAACUCCAGCCUGUGUCACCAAACUGCUCAGACCGGUGGAGCUCCUGCAGGAGGAACAAGCAGUGUCUCUGGGCACACCCCUGGCUUCUCCAGAGGGACCUACUCCUCCAGACACUAGGUUUUUCUUUGCCAGUAGGAGUGGGGUAUUCCUUCUCCCUCAGGACCCACUGGUUUAAAGUCUUUGCCCUAUGGUGUUAUAUCUGAGUUCAUGAAAAUAAAAAACAUGGUGGCCCAUAA